AUGGUCCAACGAAACAAGUCGGGUACUCUUCCCACCACUGCAUCCUGCUUUGUCCAGCAGCGAAACAAGUCGGGUACUCUUCCCACCACUGCAUCCUGCUUUGUCCAGCAGCGAAACAAGUCGGGUACUCUUCCCACCACUGCAUCCUGCUUUGUCCAGCAGCGAAACAAGUCGGGUACUCUUCCCACCACUGCAUCCUGCUUUGUCCAGCAGCGAAACAAGUCGGGUACUCUUCCCACCACUGCAUCCUGCUUUGUCCAGCAGCGAAACAAGUCGGGUACUCUUCCCACCACUGCAUACUGCUUUGUCCAGCAGCGAAACAAGUCGGGUACUCUUCCCACCACUGCAUCCUGCUUUGUCCAGCAGCGAAACAAGUCGGGUACUCUUCCCACCACUGCAUCCUGCUUUGUCCAGCAGCGAAACAAGUCGGGUACUCUUCCCACCACUGCAUCCUGCUUUGUCCAGCAGCGAAACAAGUCGGGUACUCUUCCCACCACUGCAUCCUGCUUUGUCCAGCAGCGAAACAAGUCGGGUACUCUUCCCACCACUGCAUCCUGCUUUGUCCAGCAGCGAAACAAGUCGGGUACUCUUCCCACCACUGCAUCCUGCUUUGUCCAGCAGAGAAACAAGUCGGGUACUCUUCCCACCACUGCAUCCUGCUUUGUCCAGCAGCGAAACAAGUCGGGUACUCUUCCCACCACUGCAUCCUGCUUUGUCCAGCAGCGAAACAAGUCGGGUACUCUUCCCACCACUGCAUCCUGCUUUGUCCAGCAGAGAAACAAGUCGGGUACUCUUCCCACCACUGCAUCCUGCUUUGUCCAGCAGCGAAACAAGUCGGGUACUCUUCCCACCACUGCAUCCUGCUUUGUCCAGCAGCGAAACAAGUCGGGUACUCUUCCCACCACUGCAUCCUGCUUUGUCCAGCAGCGAAACAAGUCGGGUACUCUUCCCACCACUGCAUCCUGCUUUGUCCAGCAGCGAAACAAGUCGGGUACUCUUCCCACCACUGCAUCCUGCUUUGUCCAGCAGCGAAACAAGUCGGGUACUCUUCCCACCACUGCAUCCUGCUUUGUCCAGCAGAGAAACAAGUCGGGUACUCUUCCCACCACUGCAUCCUGCUUUGUCCAGCAGCGAAACAAGUCGGGUACUCUUCCCUCCACUGCAUCCUGCUUUGUCCAGCAGCGAAACAAGUCGGGUACUCUUCCCACCACUGCAUCCUGCUUUGUCCAGCAGAGAAACAAGUCGGGUAUUCUUCCCACCACUGCAUCCUGCUUUGUCCAGCAGCGAAACAAGUCGGGUACUCUUCCCACCACUGCAUCCUGCUUUGUCCAGCAGAGAAACAAGUCGGGUACUCUUCCCACCACUGCAUCCUGCUUUGUCCAGCAGCGAAAGAAGUCGGGUACUCUUCCCACCACUGCAUCCUGCUUUGUCCAGCAGCGAAACAAGUCGGGUACUCUUCCCACCACUGCAUCCUGCUUUGUCCAGCAGAGAAACAAGUCGGGUACUCUUGCCACCACUGCAUCCUGCUUUGUCCAGCAGCGAAACAAGUCGGGUACUCUUCCCACCACUGCAUCCUGCUUUGUCCAGCAGCGAAACAAGUCGGGUACUCUUCCCACCACUGCAUCCUGCUUUGUCCAGCAGCGAAACAAGUCGGGUACUCUUCCCACCACUGCAUCCUGCUUUGUCCAGCAGAGAAACAAGUCGGGUACUCUUCCCACCACUGCAUCCUGCUUUGUCCAGCAGCGAAACAAGUCGGGUACUCUUCCCACCACUGCAUCCUGCUUUGUCCAGCAGCGAAACAAGUCGGGUACUCUUCCCACCACUGCAUCCUGCUUUGUCCAGCAGAGAAACAAGUCGGGUACUCUUCCCACCACUGCAUCCUGCUUUGUCCAGCAGCGAAACAAGUCGGGUACUCUUCCCACCACUGCAUCCUGCUUUGUCCAGCAGAGAAACAAGUCGGGUACUCUUCCCACCACUGCAUCCUGCUUUGUCCAGCAGCGAAACAAGUCGGGUACUCUUCCCACCACUGCAUCCUGCUUUGUCCAGCAGCGAAACAAGUCUUGUACUCUUCCCACCACUGCAUCCUGCUUUGUCCAGCAGAGAAACAAGUCGGGUACUCUUCCCACCACUGCAUCCUGCUUUGUCCAGCAGCGAAACAAGUCGGGUACUCUUCCCACCACUGCAUCCUGCUUUGUCCAGCAGCGAAACAAGUCGGGUACUCUUCCCACCACUGCAUCCUGCUUUGUCCAGCAGCGAAACAAGUCGGGUACUCUUCCCACCACUGCAUCCUGCUUUGUCCAGCAGCGAAACAAGUCGGGUACUCUUCCCACCACUGCAUCCUGCUUUGUCCAGCAGCGAAACAAGUCGGGUACUCUUCCCACCACUGCAUCCUGCUUUGUCCAGCAGCGAAACAAGUCGGGUACUCUUCCCACCACUGCAUCCUGCUUUGUCCAGCAGCGAAACAAGUCGGGUACUCUUCCCACCACUGCAUCCUGCUUUGUCCAGCAGCGAAACAAGUCGGGUACUCUUCCCACCACUGCAUCCUGCUUUGUCCAGCAGCGAAACAAGUCGGGUACUCUUCCCACCACUGCAUCCUGCUUUGUCCAGCAGCGAAACAAGUCGGGUACUCUUCCCACCACUGCAUCCUGCUUUGUCCAGCAGCGAAACAAGUCGGGUACUCUUCCCACCACUGCAUCCUGCUUUGUCCAGCAGCGAAACAAGUCGGGUACUCUUCCCACCACUGCAUCCUGCUUUGUCCAGCAGCGAAACAAGUCGGGUACUCUUCCCACCACUGCAUCCUGCUUUGUCCAGCAGCGAAACAAGUCGGGUGAUCUGGGUCGUCUACAGUCCAAGCUAAAGUAG